AAAAACAUGGAGGAACAGAAACCAGGAGGCAUGAAUCAGAUCGCCGGUGGAAUGAUCGGCAAAGAAGAGAGUUUCGAUCAAUCAGCUUCCCCUCAACCAGCUCCACCUCGUUAUCCGACCACCGCCGCGGCCGCCGAUUAUUUGCUGCGAGACGAGAAAAUUGGGGGGAUUGUGCAGGGUCUCCACAGAGAGGCGUCCUGCUUCGCCAGCGAAAUCGAGGGCUUCUUCGGCGACAUUUACCCCGACGAUCUCACUUGCUUUACCUUCAAAACUCCGCACUCCAUGGAUGGAUUUGCAGCUUGUGAUGGUGGCCUAACAGAUUCAUUCCUAUGGUCACAUAGCAGCAGCAAUACUAAUGUCAACCCCAGGCAAUACAGCCAUUCAGUUUCCAUCGACGCCCAGUCAUCCAUCUGUGUUGGGAGCCCGACAUCAGCCAAGCCGAACGUGCGAGAGAUCGAACCGAAAGUCACAUGGAGCGGUUCGUCGCCAGAGCCAUCAAAUGAGGAUGAAGAAGAUGCUGAGAUAGAAGCAGGGCCCUGCGAGCAGAGCACCAACCCUGCUGUUGAUGUCAAGCGCGUCAGAAGGAUGGUCUCGAAUCGCGAGUCUGCUAGACGAUCUCGAAGAAGGAAGCAAGCUCAUCUGGCUGAACUGGAAUUGCAGGUUGAGCAGCUGACUGGAGAGAAUGCAACGAUGUACAAGCAGCUCUCUGACGCGGCCCAGCAGUACCGCGAGGCAGGCACCAACCACAGGGUGCUGAAAUCGGGCGUCGAGGCCCUGCGAGCCAAGGUCAAGCUGGCUGAAGACAUGGUGGCUCGGGGAUCAUUCACAUGUAGCAUGAACAUGCUGCUGCAGAACAACAACAACAACAACAUUCAACCUGAUGCAGUAACAGUAGCACCUCCUCAGGUUAUGAACAAUCACGUCAAUCUCAAUCACCAUCACCAUCAUCAUCGGAUGGCAGCCAACGUGUCGCCGAGCAUCACGGUUCGAGGAGGAGAGGAGGUGUCGUAUGGUGGCGGCGGUGGUGGAGCAGGAGGAGGAGGAGUCUCAGUUGGUAGUGCAAGUCUGAACAAUGAUGUGAUUAGUGAGACUGGUGUCCUCGGACGAGACAAAUGGACCCAAAGCCCACAUACCACCUUCAGUACAAACGGACCAGACCUCGGGGCCGGGUACGAGCCUGUAGUCGUUCCAUCUAUCGCGAUCGCCAUUAUCGCACCCCGCUCAUUACAUACGUUGUUGCAGCAGCCUUCAAAUGGCUUCAGAGAAGAGCGAGACACAUUUGGGCCAAUUCAAGUUCCUGCUGAUAAAUUGUGGGGCGCGCAAACUCAAAGAUCGCUGCAGAAUUUUGAAAUUGGCGGGGAGCGAGAGCGGAUGCCGGAGCCAAUAAUUCGUGCAUUCGGAAUCCUCAAGAAAUGUGCGGCAAAGGUGAACAUGGAAUAUGGGCUUGAUCCCGCCAUUGCUAAGGCCAUCAUGCAGGCUGCUCAAGAGGUGGCUGACGGAAUGCUAAAUGAACAUUUUCCACUCGUCAUUUGGCAGACUGGUAGUGGCACUCAAAGCAACAUGAAUGCCAAUGAGGUUAUUGCCAAUAGAGCUGCUGAAAUCCUUGGCCAUAAGCGUGGUGAAAAGUAUGUGCAUCCAAAUGACCAUGUUAAUAGAUCACAAUCUUCCAAUGACACUUUUCCUACCGUGAUGCACAUCGCAGCUGCUAUGGAAAUAAACUCAAGAUUGUUACCAAAUUUGAAAACUUUGUACGCUACUGUACAUACAAAGUCUAUUGAAUUCAAGGAUAUCGUUAAGAUUGGGCGUACUCAUACUCAAGAUGCAACCCCAUUGACGCUUGGUCAAGAGUUUAGUGGCUAUAGCACCCAAUUGCAAUAUGGAAUUGAUCGUGUCACUUGCUCUCUACCCCGCAUGUAUAAGCUUGCUCAAGGUGGAACCGCAGUUGGAACUGGCUUGAACACCAAGAGAGGAGGGCAUGCUGCACAUGAUGCUUUUGUUGAAUGUAGUGGAGCUCUCAACACCAUUGCUACUUCUUUGAUGAAAAUAGCCAAUGACAUACGCUUCCUAGGAAGUGGUCCAAGAUGUGGGCUUGGCGAACUUGUUCUUCCAGAAAAUGAGCCUGGCAGCAGUAUCAUGCCGGGGAAGGUUAAUCCCACUCAAUGUGAGGCGCUUACAAUGGUCUGUGCUCAGGUUAUGGGAAACCAUGUGGCCAUAACUAUUGGUGGAUCAAAUGGCCAUUUUGAGUUGAAUGUAUUCAAGCCUAUGAUUGCAAGUGAUCUCCUUCAUUCAGUGAGAUUGCUUGGAGAUGCAUCUGCUUCCUUCGAAAAGAACUGCGUGAAGGGAAUCCAAGCUAACAAGGAAAGAAUUUCCAAGUUGCUGCACGAGUCACUCAUGCUUGUUACAUCACUGAAUCCCAAAAUUGGGUAUGACAAUGCUGCUGCACUUGCUAAGCUUGCUCACAAGGAAGGACUUACUCUGAAGGAAGCAGCACUGAAAUUGGCAGUUCUGACCAGCGAUGAGUUUGAUCAGCUGGUUGUACCUGAGAAGAUGAUAGGACCAUCUGACUGAAGUGAAUACACUUCUUUUUAAUGCAGAAGAGUUCUUCCAGCAAUUUUGGUAGUAGAGAACAGAGGAAGUCUUGCAACUUCGUUCUUCGUCAUUUGAUAUAUUGAAUUCUUAGUCUUGCUUCACAGUUCACAUAGUUAGGAACGAAGCUCUGUAUCUAUUGGUUCUAAAAACAUGUUU